CAAUAAAACGAAAAAGAACCGUCACGGAUGACCAUUUCGUUAUGAGCUCGACGCCGGUAUUAAAUUGUAUGUUCAUAGCGAAAGAAUUGUGUAUUACAUUCGGUCACUGUAGUUGAAACGGACUUUUGAACGCUGCAAUCUUGUAUUUAGUGUAUAUCUUUUAUCGUAUCUUAAUGUAUUGAUAAGUCACAGUACAAGUGUUGUUAAUUCUUGUUAGUCUUAUAGGGAGGCGGACUUGAUAUUGGACUUAAUUAUAGUCGCUAUAAAUUUCAAUGAUAAUUAGACACUGGCUUAGAUAAGAAUACCAAGAUGGCUGUUAAUGUUUAUGCGACAAACGUAACAUCUGAGAACUUGAGUCGACAUGAUAUGUUGGCUUGGGUGAAUGACUGUUUGCAAGCAUCAUUUACCAAGAUCGAAGAGUUAUGCACUGGUGCGGUUUAUUGUCAAUUCAUGGACAUGCUCUUCCCAGGUAGCGUAGCCUUGAAGAGGGUCAAGUUUAAGACGAACCUUGAACACGAAUAUAUACAGAAUUUCAAACUUUUGCAAGGUGCUUUCAAAAAGAUGAACGUAGAUAAGAUUGUUCCAAUUGAUAGGCUGGUGAAAGGCAGAUUUCAAGACAACUUCGAGUUUUUACAAUGGUUCAAGAAAUUCUUUGAUGCAAAUUACUCCAGAACAGAGCCAUACGAAGCACUUGCUAUGAGAGGAGGAGAAUCCAUGGGUAGUGGUGGAAGUAAUGCACCGCACGGCACUAAUGCAAAACGCACUACUCCACGUGAUGUAAAUCCGACUAAACCAACAGCUCGUAUCGGUGAGGGAACUGCGCCUCCUGCACACACAGCUAGUACCAAGUCUAUAAGCAAUAUUAAUAAAGUACCAGCGCAUCGCACACCAGUAAAGACGGGUACAGUUGGUAAUCGUGGAGAUAAUGGAAAGGUGGAAGAACUUAGUGCUCAGCUGAUGGAAUUGAAAAUGUCACUGGAAGGUUUAGAAAAAGAAAGAGAUUUCUAUUUUGGUAAAUUACGUGACAUUGAAGUUAUGUGCCAAGAUUGUGAUAACGGAGAUCCCCCACCAAUAAUACAGAAAAUCUUAGAAGUCCUUUAUGCUACGGAGGAGGGAUUUGCACCACCUGAAGAAUUAGAAGGUGAUGGACUCGCGCCUGACGAUGAAGAAGAAUAUUAAAUUCACUUUUUGUACAAUCAUUAUAAAAAAGAUUAACAGCAAAUUGUCCAUGUGCGUUUCAGUCUCAUUACGUUUGUGAGCCAGUAUCAGUACCCUUUGCAUAAUUAAUGAAGCUACCUUGUAUAGCUAUUUAAGCAUUUUUGCGCCUUAAUUUCGUUACGGAGUUCACCGAAUUCAUUGAAAGUUCGCACGUAAUUAGGAUAGGGCGAGCGCGCGCGCGCGCAAGAGAGAGAGAGAGAGAGAGAGAGAGAGAGAGAGAGAGAAAGAGAGUGAGAAAGAUGAGAAAAAGAUAUAUGUCGAGAAUGAUGCACUCGAAUAACUUGUACUCUACAAGUAA